UUUUUUAAAUCUAUGCUUAGGCACAAGACAAGAGGAAAGCCCUCGAGGAGACCAAAGCCUACACUACCCAGUCCCUGGCGAGCGUGGCCUAUCAGAUCAACGCCUUAGCCAACAAUGUGCUGCAGCUGUUGGAUAUUCAGGCUUCACAGCUGCGCAGGAUGGAGUCCUCCAUCAACCAUAUCUCUCAGACUGUGGACAUUCAUAAAGAAAAAGUUGCCAGACGAGAGAUCGGGAUCCUCACCACCAACAAAAACACAUCUCGAACCCACAAAAUCAUCGCCCCCGGCAACAUGGAGCGCCCCGUGCGCUACAUCAGGAAACCCAUAGAUUACACCCUGCUGGAUGAUGUGGGUCACGGUGUUAAAUGGCUUAAAGCAAAGCAAGGGAAUAACCAGCCAGCUCGGGGAGGUGGAGGAACAUUAUCCAGGACUAACCCACCCACACAGAAGCCCCCAAGCCCACCCAUGGCAGGGAGAGGUACCCUGGGACGAAACACACCAUAUAAGACGCUGGAGCCAGUCAAACCUCCUGUGGUGCCUAAUGAUUACAUGACCAGUCCAGCACGUCUGGGCAGCCAGAACAGCCCAGGACGCACUGCCUCGCUCAAUCAGAGACCCCGAACGCACAGUGGCAGUAGUGGGGGCAGUGGCGGUCGAGAGAACAGCAGUAAUAGUAUGGGAAUCCCUCUGGCUGUGCCGACACCCUCCCCUCCCAGUAUGGCACCAGUGGUUCCUCCUGGUCCAGGUUUGGGACCGAUCCCGAUGUCUCAGUUUGGAACGAUCUCCCGGCAGAUCUCCAGACACAAUUCCUCCACCACUUCUUCCUCCAACUCGAUGGUGUCAGCCACCGGCACCUACCGGCGCGCCCCUGCCAGCUCCUCCCAGUUCUCUGUGCCUCAACCCCAUCUGAACGGGGGUCCCACAUACCCCCAGAACACAAUGUCUGUCGCUCCACCACCUCCUCCUAUGGCGCAGCAAACGCCCCAGAUUCCUCUCACUGGCUUUGUGGCCAGAGUUCAGGAGAACAUAACAGACAGCCCAUCUCCACCCCCUCCUCCUCUACCUGAGGACACGCCCCUGUUUGAGGAAGCAGCUCCGCCCCCUCCACCUCCACCUGUGGAUUAUGAUGAAGACGACGCAGCUCUGGUGCACUACAAUGACCCCUAUGCUGACGGAGACCCGCACUGGGCCCCAAAAUCCUUCAUAGAGAAGGUGGUGGCCAUCUAUGACUACACAAAGGACAAAGAUGAUGAGCUGUCCUUCAUGGAGGGCGCCAUCAUCUACAUCAUCAAGAAAAAUGAUGACGGCUGGUUCGAGGGCGUGUCUAAUGGUGUGACCGGACUGUUUCCUGGCAACUACGUUGAAUCCAUCAUGCACUAUGCUGACUAAUGCUAAAUCCCAGAGACAUCAUACAAUGCAGCCAAUCAGUUACAAACAAAGUGCAUUAGGAUAUGACUGAAUGUUUGUUUUUGUCCAACCGCCAAUGUAUCCAAGCAUCUGCAGUGCUCAAGGUUUGAGGAGACGGGGCUCGUAUUGCCUCUACAAAGAAUAUAAGUCGCACUACUUUCUGGUUAGGUUGCCUCAUACAUUUUGUACAUAUAUUACAGUGAGACGUCGCCUGUAGGCUAUUGCUAGUGUUUGUUUUUGUGCGUGUUUUGUCAUUGUAUAGAGACCCGUAUUUGCCAAGUGUCAGCUAGGGCUAGUUAGAUUUUUUUCUCUCUCACUCUCUCUCUCUCCCAAAAUGUUUUUUCUUGUUUUGUUUUUUAAUUCAACUGUCAAGCUCUUCCUCUACGUGAGGAAGAAAUAUCUGAAUGUCAUUUCUGGAAUAUUAUUAUGCCUGGAAAAUAAUUAGGCGACAAUAUAAAAAUGACAAUUAUGUCUUUACCUAUGUUUCGCCUUCAGGAUUUGCUAAUAAUUUUACCUCGUGGCUGUAAGGUGAGGGAAAAGACCGAUGCAGUAAUGUGCAGAGAUUCUCCUGCAAAUCAGAUUAACUUCAUGAACCUGUCAAAAACAUGUCCACACUUUAUAUAUUCCACCCUAAAAUGGAAAAAGAAAUGAUAAUUAUUACAAAUUAUAUUUUGUUCACAGACAGUGAUGCCUAUUUUUUGCAUUACGGCAUUAGUGUCCCGGCACAUUUUCCCCAAAAUUCUUCUUAUCAUAAUGCAAAAAAAAAAAAAUCUCAUUCUCAUUGCUGUAAUGUGUCAAUAUAAUAUUUUAUUUAAAUUUUUUUGUAUGCAUUAUGGUAGUCUUUUUUUGUACUGCAAUUAAUUUAUGCUGAUUUAAGUAUGAAAAACGUAUUACAUUAAUAAUAAUCAAUAAUGGGAAUUAUAAAAAAAAAAAAAGAAAAAAGGAAAAUGCAUACAUUACAUGCAAAAAUUCUUGAUGGUCCUACAGGCUUCGUUUCCUUUUAUGCAAAACAGUUUUUUCUUUUGUGACCUAGACAUGUUUUCAUGAGAUUCACCCAAUUGCUGCGAGUUUAAACUGUGCCAAGCUGAUCUUUGAUGGUGUUUUUGUUGAAACUGCUGAAGUGUUGUGAACUUUAUGAUGUUGCACUGAGCGGGCGACACUGGCUCACUAGCUGAACCAGUCUCUAGCAUUGCCCACAGAUUCCAAUUUGUUACAUAACGUAGCAGAAAUCAGUUUCUGUCAUUGUAGAUUUCAUGUUGAGCUGACCAUGCAAAGCUGAAUUUGUCUUUCUGUUUUGACCAAGUUUUGCUGAAUUUAGAUGAUAAUCCAUAGAUUUCAUGGAGAAAAAAAAAAAUCAAGUUUAGUGUAUAGUACUGAUGAAUGUGAGCUCAUAACUGUUAGCAUGGCACAAACAUCAUGAUGAUUCUGGUUGCUGGUUUUUAGAAGUGUCUCAAACUGCUGUUGAAGGCGAGCAGUGUUUUAAUUUAUUUAAUCAAAUGAAAUAUCUGUGAGGAUGUAACUCACAUAGAAGCUGUCUGAACAAUGACCACUUAAUGUUAAGCAUUGCAAGGCCUUGUCAUAUGAUGUGCAAGUGAUCUGUAAUUUAAAUGUUCCUUUGCAGGUUAUCUGCAAAUAAUAUAAUCUCUAUUACUGUUUUGUAUAUAUAAUCUGUUUUUCUUUUUAUGUACAGUCUCUUUUUAUAAUAAAGCACUCUCCUGUGCAACAUUGUGCUA